UGCUAAUCUCUUUUGUCAUAUUCGGAUUGUUCCUGCUGCCUCAGUCAUCCUGCACACUAAACACCACCAUCCUGGGCUGGACUCUCUACCAGCUCCUCUUACAUUUCUAGCUCUUCAGAUGUGAAUCAGUUACAUUCUUGGGGAGGAAGGAGAGGUUGGUGGUAGAAGGAAACCAGAACUCUGAAAGGACUUGGACUCCUUUUGUUCUUACCUACCUGCACGAAACAAAUUUGACUUCCGGAGUCAGUCAUUUUGGUGUCAAAAAAAUUUCUUUGGCAUUCUACAACAGUUCCCACCAUGGCAGGGAUCUAUUAGAAACUGAAACUGUGGAGAGUGCGGACAGCUCCCUUCCCCCCUUCGUGGAGCAGGAACCAGUGGAGAGCUGUUUGAAAACGUCUCCUUCACAUAUCAGCUGAAGACAGGCCUUUGGAGGUUUUCCAAGCAAAUAGUGAGUCUCCUUUGGAUGGACAGGGAAAAGUAACAUUCUGCAAAUUGCCAUCAGAGGUCCUGAGAACACAAACCCAUCUAUUUGGUUUUCAUUCCCUGUGUUGAAUGGCAUUUGCUGCGACAGCCCACUGAGGGCUCUUUUUCUUGGAUUCUGAACUUGUAACUAGGAAUCCAGGCUGGGAAGAUGUUGAGUUCCAUCAAGUGUGUGCUGGUGGGAGACUCUGCCGUGGGGAAGACCUCUCUGUUGGUGCGCUUCACCUCAGAGACCUUCCCGGAGGCCUACAAGCCCACGGUGUAUGAGAACACAGGUGUGGAUGUCUUCAUGGAUGGCAUCCAGAUCAGCCUGGGCCUCUGGGAUACGGCCGGCAACGAUGCCUUCAGAAGCAUUCGCCCACUGUCCUACCAGCAGGCAGACGUGGUGCUAAUGUGCUACUCCGUGGCCAACCAUAACUCCUUCCUGAACCUGAAGAGCAAGUGGAUUGGUGAAAUCAGGAGCAACUUGCCCUGCACCCCUGUGCUGGUGGUGGCCACCCAGACUGACCAGCGGGAGGUGGGGCCCCACAGAGCCUCCUGCAUCAGUGCCAUAGAUGGAAAGAGACUGGCCCAGGAAGUGAGAGCAAAGGGCUACCUGGAGUGCUCAGCCCUCAGCAACCGGGGGGUACAGCAGGUGUUUGAGUGUGCCGUCCGAACUGCUGUCAACCAAGCCAGGAGACGCAGAAGGAGGAGGUUCUUCUCUAUUAAUGAGUGCAAGAUCUUCUAAGCCCCGAGAGACUUCAGUGAGUACUCAUUUACUCACUGCAAAGAUGAAUAGGGGCAGGGAGAGCAGGCAAGCCAACAAGGACUGAUGCUCUUUCUGGGGAACCCCGAGCUGUGAUUCCUUUCAGAUACAGUUGUUGCUACAAGUUGAGACCUGACCACUAGAUACACUCUACAAAUGGACUCCUUGCCCAGUCCAACAGAAGAUCCUUUGGGAAGCUGUAAUGAAUAUUACAUCUUCGAUUAAAAAACCAAAAUCGUCUCUGCAAUUUUGGACAGAGGAUUCCAUAUUUAAAGACACAUUUUAUUUAAAUAAUAACAAAAUGUACAGCUCUUGCAUAUGAUUAGUUUUGAUACCUUUCCUAUAUGCUCAUAAGCACAAACUGCUGUAUGAGUGAAAUAAACUUACAGGGCUGUGCCA